AUGAGUAGGAAGACAGAAAUAGGAGGAGCUCUUGCGUUUGGUGGUACUCGUGUUACUGCUGCUGCUGCUGCUGCUGCUUCUGGUGGUAGAGGAGGAAGAAGAAGAGAAUUAAGAGAAGAACAAAAAAUAGAAAUUAAGGAAGCAUUUCAAUUAUUUGAUUCAGAAAAAUCAGGAAAAAUGGAUUAUCAUGAAUUAAAGGUGGCAAUGAGGGCAUUAGGGUUUGAGGUAAAGAAAGCACAAGUACAAGAAAUAAUGCGUUCUUAUGAUAAACAAAAUACAGGGUUUAUUACACAAAGCGACUUUGAAGAAAUUA